UCCAUAAGAUAUCUUAUUACCUUACAAAAGAAUCAAUACAGUAAACAACCAGUCAUUCCUCACAUACAAUCAUAUCAAUUCCCCUUCCCAAUCCACUCCCCUCCCACACAGACCGAGGUUUCUCAACUUUCUCACUCCACAUACUUUUACUGCGUUCGCAUAACAAGAGGAGUACGUCAUUGAGGGGAUGAACUGAUUUCUCCACCAGAAAAGGAUAUAAAGACAACGUACACUCAACUUCCACUCAAACCCUCCUUCUACGCCGCCAUCAACAGCUCCAUAAUCGAUCAGAAAUUCAAUCAAUUCACCCAUCAUGACGACCUUUGUUCCCAGCUUAACGCUGCCGGCAGCCAUAUUUGCCAAUCCAACGGCUUCGGUGCUCUUACCAAUUACUCUUGGAUCUGCUAUUGGUUUCGCAGUUAGACCAAAAGAAACUCAAAAGACCUACAUGGCACUUAAACAACCCCCUUACCGUCCACCUCCAUACGUCUUCGGUCCUGCCUGGACUCUCCUCUACGGUCUGAUGGGAUACUCUGCCUACCGCGCAUACUCUACCGGAUUAUCUCCUCUCGCUUCUACCGAAAAACAUCUCCUUUUCAAACAAGGAGCUACACUCUAUACCGUUCAACUCGGCCUCAACCUAAUCUGGAUGCCCCUCUUCUUCUCCCUCAAACGUCCCAUCCUCGCAACCAUCGACAUCGUCGCCCUCACCGGCACCGUCUCCUACUUGACCUACAUCUGGGGGCAAGUCGACUCCGUCGCCGCCUGGGCCCUCGCUCCCUACGUCGGCUGGCUCGGAUUCGCCACAUACCUCAGCGCCGGCGUCGGAUAUCUCAACGACUGGAACAUCAGCGACAAGGAAGUCGAGAAGAGCCCCAAGGGUAAGGGAACAAAGUACGUUGACGAGAAGGAAGAGUAGGGGAUGCCAGCGAGCAAAUCGAGAGAGACCGAAAACGCACGAAGUACGCGUUAAAAAAAUUCACAUGCGUGUGCAAAUCCCAAGUACACAUCUUCUCGGAGGAUGGAUCGAUCAUCUCAUGUAUCUCCUGAACCACAAAUUCCGAGUCCAUUGUUCCCCGCUGAUUUUUCGCACGGCGUUGAAUUAAUCGUCGUCAGAUAAUAUACCAUAGCUUUUAAUCAUGAAUGAAAUACUUCUUUUCUACUACAAUACAGUACUGUCAUAUCUACUACUAUACUAUAUACUCCAUGCUUCCGAACACAUAUAAACAAAUGUAGGACGUAGCAAUACACAUCUCAU